UAGAUUUUGUUGUUUGUGAGGAUUCUCGACCGGGAACUGUUUGUAAUUUGGGUCGAGUACAUAAAAACAUCUAAUUAUUGUAAGAUUUCAUUGAAAAUUUAGUUACCUUACUGUACAUUUAAGGUAAACAUUACUCAUUUAUUCAACGUUAAUUCAUAAAUUUGUAAAUAACAAUGGUGAUGGAAGAACAACAAUCUGAUAUGGAACUAGACUCAGAAAGAGUUCCUGUUCCUCAUGUACAAAAACCAAUAGAAGAAUCACAUAUAGAAACAGUUAAUAAAGUUACAAGCACUUCACGAGGGAAACCUAGACUUAGAAAAAAGGCAUUACAUGCUGCAAUACUUAAACAAAUGGAAUUUUACUUCAGUGAUGCAAACUUAACUAAAGACAGGUUUCUGAAUAAUUUGAUUAAAGAAGAUCCAUAUGUUGAUCUCAGAAUCUUCCUCCGGUUCAAUAAAAUACGAGAUUUAACUACUGAUAUAAAUAGAAUAAACAAAGCUCUGCAAGCAUCAACAAUAUUAUCUAUAUCUGAUGAUGGAACAAAAGUUUGUCGUGUAACACCUAUAGUACAGAAAGAAAAUAUUGACGAAUGUACAGUUUAUGUACAGAAUUUACCUCCAGAUGCAGAUCAUGAAACUUUGAGUUCAAUAUUUUCUCAGUAUGGUCAAGUUGUAUAUGUUUCAGUUCCAAGAUUUAAAAAUAAUAAAAAAAUAAAGGGUUUUGCAUUUGUAGAGUUCAAUACACCUGAAGAGGCUGGAAAGUGCCUCAAGGCUUUUCAAAAAAAGGGCUGUCUUUUGCCUUCAUAUACUGCCCCUGAUGAACUUCUAAGUAUUACUACUUUUGAUGAUAUGGAGAAAGAUGUAACAUUAAAAGGAAAACAAAUAAAUUCAAGUGAAAAUUGUGAAUUUAUUAUUGAUAAUCAAAAUGCUAUUGAUAUCCAAGGAUUAGAAAAUAUUGAAAUUGAUAAAAAUGUAAAAGAGAAAGAAGAACCUGUAAUGGUUACAGAGAAAGGAGAAUCGGUAAUAGUUGCUGAUUCUAAUACUACUACUACUACUGCAGACAAUCAUGACAGUUCUAAUUCAGAUAAUCAUGAAAAUAAAAAUAAAAAAAAAGCAAGAAAGAGAAAACACAAAGACGUAGAAUUUCCUGAAACUGUUGAUACAGAAAAACAGUCAGAUAAUGAAUCAACAAAAAGCAAGAAGAAAAAAGUUAAACAAUCUUCAGAUGUAAAUAGCGAUGAAAUGGAAUCCAGCAAUGAAAAACAGAAUGAUAGUUUUACUGAUAGUAUUCAGAAAAAGCCAAAUAAACCUAAGAAGUGUGUAUCUGUAAAUGAAGAACAGGUAUCAAACGAUUGUGAAGAAAUGGUAACUGAAGUCAAUGCAGUUCCAGUCUCAGAAGAACAAGAAAAUAAAACUAAAAAUAAGAAAAAAAGAAAACGAAAGAAACAAAGUAAAAUUAAAGAUGUUAGUUAUAGUAUGGGGUUACAAGUAAUGGCUAAAAAAGAUUGGAAACAUCUUAGAAAUAAAUACUUGGAAUUACAGAGAAGUAAAAUGAAACAACUUAAACAGCAUCUUAAAAAAGCAAGAUGGAAUCAGUGGUCUAAUUACGAAAAAAAUAAAGCUGACAGAGAAGAAAACGAUGAAAAGGAUAAAAUAAACAAGCGAGAUAAUAUAAGUACAUGCCGCUUUUCAUUUAUUCCAGGAGUCAUAGUUAAAGUUGAAAUGGAUAAACCAUGUACGGAUCCAAAAAGUUUUAAAAUGGAAUUAAAGAGUAAUAAUUCUGUAAAGUAUAUAGAUGUUGAAAAUGGUUCUUACAUUGCUUAUGUGAGAUGCGAUACAAGCGAAGCCGCGCAAACAUUUACACAAAAAUCUGAUAAGGAGAGAAACAUGGCAGUAUUAGAAGGUGAGGAAGAAAAAAUGUACUGGGAUAAAAUUUUACGCGACAGAGAAGAAAAAUUAAGUAAGACUGUUAAAAUUAAACAGAGAGGGAGAAACAAACUAUUGAAGAAGGCAGAAAAAGAACUUGGGAAGCAUAUUAAAUUUGAUGAAGUGUAACAAUGAGAAGUUUUAUUUCAGUGAAAUAUACGUAUGAUUGUACAUAAAAUAUAAGAAACGUUUAUAU